AUGCCAGAACUCAGCCCUGACUUCGAUAGCCAGGAUCAUGGGCUUGUACAUGAACACCUCGUAUAUACUGGGAGACCUGAAGAUGUAAACCCAGAACCUUCCGAUGUGGCUUCAGGAUAUCAGAGUGUGGCAUUUCUUCUGGUUUUCUCAGCUGGCCUCAAAUCUGCCUAUUUAAAACCUGGCCGUCUUACAUCACAGCUUCUAGGUGAAAUUGAUCUUCAAAUUCUCUCCAAAGUUCAGGCUCAAUACCCAGGAGUUCAUAUCGACAAUGAAGUUGUUGAGCCAAGUGCUGAACAAAUCACCAAGUACAAAGAGCUCGUAGCCAAGACAUCAAACCUCGAGAACAUAAAGUUUGCUUGGCAUAAGGAGACAUCGUCUGAAUAUCAAAAUAAAAUGGUGGCAAAAAAAGAGCUUCAAAAGUGGGACUUUAUUCAUAUGAUUCAGAUGCUGUAUUAUGUAAAAGACAUUCCAGAUACUCUUAAAUUCUUCCAUAGUCUCUUAGCUACCAAUGCUAAGAUCCUCAUUGUUCUUGUGUCAGGAACCAGUGGCUGGGACAAGCUAUGGAAAAAGUAUGGAUCCCGCUUACCCCGAGACGACCUCUGCCAGUAUGUCACAUCAUCUGACCUCACUCAAAUGCUGGACAACCUGGGGAUUAAGUAUGAGUGUUAUGACCUUCUGUCUACCAUGGACAUAUCUGAUUGCUUUAUUGAUGGGAAUGAAAAUGGAGACCUACUUUGGGAUUUUUUGACAGAAACCUGCAACUUUAGCACAACAGCACCACCUGACCUCAAGGCACAAAUUAUGAUAGAUCUGCAACAGCCUGAAUUUAGUGUUAAGAAAGAGGGAAAGAUUCUUUUUAAUAAUAGCCUCAGUUUCAUAGUGGUUGAAGCAUAACUAUCAGCUACAAGUAUAUUCAAAAGUUGUAUUUUGACAAAUGUUGGUCAUUCAUUUAUUUCCAUAUUAAAAUUACAAAUACAUUUUAUAACAUAGAUGAAAUGUAGUCUUUUAUAUACGAAAUCUAGAAAAUUCUAAGACAUUUCUGGACUUCCAUGUUCACUAAUAUGGGAUAAUAAUUCUGUCUGUUCUUUCAAGCUGAGAGAUCUCUAUACAGUGUAAACAUCAUAUAAGUUAGAAAAAUGAGACAAUUGGGUUUCAUUGACUUAUGACAAUAAAAUCCUCUGCAUUUGU